UAGCGUAGUGUGGGCGGGGUCACGCUUGUAGGUGCGGCGAGAAGAUUGAGCAGCAAUUCGUGGACUUUGAGGAGAAUUUACUCAAAACAUCCGACUGACAGUGCAGGAGAAGACUCAAGCGGAACAGAGAAGGAUUUAUAAAAGCGACUUUUAUGUUCAGGUUGUUUUAGGACGACUCUCUUGAGAAUAUCGAAGGAACUGUGUUUACAUAACCAGCUUCCCCUCUAACGCAGCGAGGAGCAGCCUGUUUCCACGGUAACUUCUGACUAAGGAACAACUUCAAUUUACAGGCUAUUUAAUUCCUCUGCUACGUUAUUGAUAUUCAAUUCGAGUGCAGAAACGUUUUAGUACAUGUAUUGUUGUACAAGCUUUUUUCAUCUUUCAGAAAAACAAGUUAUACAACGCAAAACGAGGUUACUGCCUGUCAGCGGACUGGGUCCUAAAGCCGAUCGGGUUGCACAUCGUGCCCAAAUGGUUCAGCAGACUACUGUUCUUAAAUUCUUUGACAUUAUGGAAAAAGUUCUGUUAGAACAAGGUUAAUUGCAAACUUGGACUGCGUCACUAAAAAGCAACGAGCCGUAUGCUUCAAUAGCAUACGAGCUGAACAAGCCUACUUUUCUUUUGACAUUUGGAUUCGCUGUGAACUGAUUUCCCCUUCUUGGAUAUACUGUUUUGUUUAACAGUGAGUCGGAGUAAGAAAGUAGACUUCUUAAAUAACAAAAAAGAAAAAGUAGGACUCGUCCACUUGAGUAAUGGUCAUUAAUACGAUCCACUGGUUCAGGAAGGGCCUGCGGCUCCACGACAAUCCGUCGCUCAAAGACUCCCUGCUGGGGGCGGAUACUGUCCGCUGUGUCUACAUUCUCGACCCCUGGUUCGCAGGAUCCUCCAACGUUGGGAUCAACAGGUGGAGGUUCUUACUGCAGAGUCUGGAGGACUUGGACUCCAGCCUCCGUAAGCUCAACUCUCGACUGUUUGUGAUCCGAGGCCAACCCACUGAUGUCUUUCCCAGACUCUUCAAGGAAUGGAAUAUUUCUCGUUUGUCCUACGAGUACGACUCUGAGCCCUUUGGGAAAGAACGAGAUGCAGCGAUUAAGAAACUGGCCUGUGAGGCUGGAGUGGAGGUGACCGUUCGCAUCUCCCACACACUCUAUGACCUGGACAAGAUCAUAGAGUUAAAUGGGGGCCAGUCACCUCUGACCUACAAGCGGUUCCAGACCCUCAUCAGCCGGAUGGAUGCGGUGGAGGAGCCUGCAGACUCCAUCACGGCGGACAUCAUGGGGAAGUGCAGGACGCCGCUGUCCGAAGACCAUGAUGACAAGUUUGGCGUCCCCUCAUUGGAGGAGCUGGGUUUUGAUACUGAAGGUCUUUCCUCCGCUGUGUGGCCGGGGGGAGAGACGGAAGCCCUCACACGACUUGAGAGGCAUCUGGAGAGGAAGGCGUGGGUGGCCAACUUCGAGCGUCCCAGAAUGAACGCCAACUCGCUGCUCGCCAGCCCGACCGGCCUCAGCCCAUACCUGCGCUUUGGCUGCCUCUCCUGCCGCCUCUUCUACUUCAAACUCACCGACCUCUACAAGAAGGUGAAGAAGAACAGCUCCCCUCCUCUCUCGCUGUAUGGUCAGCUGCUCUGGCGCGAGUUCUUCUACACGGCAGCCACCAACAACCCUUGCUUCGACACGAUGGAGAGCAACCCCAUCUGUGUCCAGAUCCCCUGGGACCGAAACCCAGAGGCGCUGGCCAAGUGGGCGGAGGGCCGCACCGGCUUCCCCUGGAUCGACGCCAUCAUGACGCAGCUGAGACAGGAGGGCUGGAUCCACCACCUCGCCCGACAUGCUGUCGCCUGCUUCCUGACCCGGGGAGACCUGUGGAUCAGCUGGGAGGAGGGCAUGAAGGUGUUUGAGGAGCUGCUGCUGGAUGCAGACUGGAGUGUGAACGCGGGCAGCUGGAUGUGGCUCUCCUGCAGCUCUUUCUUCCAGCAGUUCUUCCACUGCUACUGCCCCGUGGGCUUCGGCCGCCGCACAGACCCCAACGGAGAUUACAUACGGCGCUACCUGCCCAUUCUCAGAGGCUUUCCAGCCAAGUACAUUUAUGAUCCGUGGAAUGCUCCAGAGAGUGUGCAGAAGGCAGCAAAGUGUGUCAUUGGAGUGCAUUACCCCAAACCCAUGGUGAACCAUGCAGAGUCCAGCCGGCUCAACAUCGAGCGGAUGAAGCAGAUCUACCAGCAGCUGUCCUGCUAUAGAGGCCUCGGCCUUCUGGGUUCAGUUCCCUCCACUUCUAACGGUAACGGAGAGACGUCCUCUGACGGGAUGGGAUUCUCUGCUGAGGCUACACACAACACUGCUGCAGCUCCAUCUGGCUAUCAGAUGAGCGUUCACUCGCAGGGAGAUUGGCAGAGCGGCGUCAUGACGUUCAUGCAGGGCGACACGCAAACCAGCUGCAGCUCACAGCAGCAGGGUUAUGCAGGCACCAGUAGUAGUAUGCUGUGUUACACCCAAGGUGCACAGCAAAUUCCAAAAGGACCUGAACACCACGUCACCCCUCUGUCCGGUGGGAAAAGACACUGCGAGGACCCUGGGAAUGGCAGAGGCUCUAAAAUCCAGAGACAGAGUACACACUAAGCGAGUGUGUGCAGUCAGACCAAGGACACAGCCAACACAAAAUGGACAUUUUUGUCUCAGCACUUCAAGAUGAGCAACACAAACAAGACUGAAUAUUAUAAUGUGGACUGCACGGCACUGCGACGUGCAGACGACUCAGAAGCAACUCUGUUCUUUUCUUUGGGUUAACAUAGCCAUGACAACGGUCUGUGUGUAUAUAAUGAAUUUGCUCAUUUGACAUACAACUUGUACAUAUUUGAAUAUUGUAUGUGUGUUUUCUCUCACUGUGUAGCCAUAGACCCAUUGAUAUAUUUUUGAUAUAUGAAAUCAUUGUGGAUGGAUCUUUGUUUUUUUUAAUAUUGAUUAAAAACAACCUUUGUAAAAUGUCUAUUCAAGAACAAUUCAAUUUGAUAAAUCUUGUAUCUAUCUUAAUAUAUUUUUCUGUUCUCUUAUUGUACUUUCUAUUAUACUCGAGAUGUAUAUCAACAAGUGUUUCAAUCAUUCCCUUUCUCUUUCUGCUUCUGACUUUAAUCCUCACCACUCUAGAGGCAAUAUCAGUUUAACAUCAAGUUGUUGCCAGAUCUGCUGUUACUGAAAGAAGCCGACAGAAAUACAUGUUCUUCAUAUCAUGGUGCAGCCCCUGCCUCCUUGUAUAAGCUUCAGUAAAUGUAGUACAUAAGCUUCUUUGGGCACCAGGAAGAGCGCUAUAUAAAUACCAUGUAUUAGUAUUAUGACAUGAGAGAACUGCUUUACUUGCGAUUUGUUCCUUCUCAAUGUGCUUCUUUAAUAAACUGGGUUUAAUAUACAAA